GCAGAAAAAUAAGUAAAAGGUAAUAAAUUUUUUCCCAAUAAGAAUGUGAACAAACGCAACGAAGAGCUGCGUCAAGCCCGUAUUCAAGUCGCGGAGCAAGCCAACACCAAAUUCUACAACCGAUACCUAAGGAAGAAGAAGGAGGAGCAGGAACGACUCAUGUAUUCCGCUAGAGACGUGGUCUUCAAGAACAAGGAUGCACCGAAACAAUUACUCAGUGCCGUAAUAGAAACUGCGAUUCAGAAGGAGCGUGCAGAACAAGUGAAAUUUUUGAAAGCGCGGCGGGAGGAAAUGGCUGCUCAGAAAAAGCGAGACGAUGACGAAGUCGUGAGGCAGGCCAAGGAGUGGGAAGAACUUGUGGAGCUCAGGAAGCAGAGGAGACGAGAAGUCAACAUUAAACAUCAGCGGGACAUCCUUGAUCAGGCCCAUGAAGUUGCAGAACGUAACAGAAUUGAGUACGAGACGGAACUGAACCUUCAGAAGAUUGAUAACUUAAAAGCUAAUGAGCAGAUGGAAGCUAUUAAAGAAUUUGAAGAGCAAUUUAAAUCGGAGGAGAAAGCUCGCAUCUUCCGAGAUAUAGAUCGUUCCCGAAAAGAAACUAUGGAAAGGAGACGCGAGCAGGAAGCUCGGGACAAGAUGGACGAUCGUUUGAUGGAAGUGUUACUCAAGUCUCGCUGCAGGAUUGAACAAAGACGGAAGCAAACCGAAGCUGAUGUGAAAAACGAGAAGCUUCGUGUAUUGGAGAAGAUCAGUCAACGCUUGGAGUCUGGUGACGCGGCUCGCGAAGCUAAAGAGCAGGCUAUGUUGGAGAAGGCUGUAGCAGAGAAGAAUGCUGUUGACCAGGCUCGUCGCGACGCUCAGCGUAAGAAAGAGGAGACUUUCCGUAAGGAGAGGAUGGAGAGUCGCGAGCAAUUCCUGCGGGAACAGGAGCAGAAGCUGCACGAGUUUAACAAUACGCGCCAGUGGGACAUUAUGAACAGGUUCAAAAACGUUGAAAUUUAUCAGGACUUCCAAGAGAAACUGCAAGAAGAGAAAAAACGUAAGAUUAAAGAGUACAGAGAAGAAAUACUUAGAUUGUGGAAAGAACGAGUGGAUCGCGAGACUAAGGAGCGUGAUGAGUCGCGCUACUUCUACGGCGAGCUGGCGGAGAAGAAGCUGAGAGACGCUGACAACAAACUGCUGACACACGCCGCGCACCUACUGCAGGAGGCCAGGGAACACGGCCGGCCGGAGUACGCGCUGCAUAAAGCCAUCGAUAAUUACUGCAACCUGUACCGCCUGUACCCGAUGCCGGACCUGCCGGCGUCGCUGCAGGAGCACAUGCGCGAGUACGCGGCGCGGGACGGCUCGCGGCCCGACCCCGGCUACCGCGAGCCGCCGCCGCCCGCGACCCGCGCGGCCCCCACCGCGCCGCCUCCCCCCGCCGACCCAGGGAAGCGGGACGGCUUGCACGCUGUCGCCGGACCUCCUGCUCCCCCUCCGGUAGAGAAAAAGGAGAAAAAUGAAGAUUACAAGAGAUCUGCGCCAGCAAAUGGCCUGCAGAGGAGGAACUUAGAGCAAACAUUUUCGUUGCCCCCAAUCCCGGUAGUACCGUGCACGACCGAAGCGUGUCGGUGUGAACUUAAACCAGGAACGAAAUGAAACGACUGUAUUUUUUACAAAAUAUUUACUUUUUAUUAUCAUAAUUAUCAAUUUACUUCAGAAUGUGUUUGUCAAGUUAGACCUCUCACACAUUAGCUGCCUGGACUCGCGACGGUGCCUCGCACGACCUCGAACCUCGACAUGAAAUACUUUAAUGUUGAGGUUGAAAUAUAGUAGCGACGUCCCGCCGGCCGCGGGACCAGGUCGCGACUGUGCGCGAGGUCUGGGUAGAGAGCUUUUAUAUGGCACGAGUGAUGAUAUCCAAGUGUGACUAGAUAAUUGGUGGUGUCAAAUUGUAAGUGAAACGUAGUAAAGCUUGUCUCGGUCCUAAACAGUGAGUUUAACUUAAAAUAUAACAAUUUUGAAACUAAUACUAGAACUUAAUUUACCUAAAUCUUUGGUCGCAAUGAGUGUAGACACGUACUUUUAUAAUUUGCGAAAAUAUUUUAAUAUAUUAGUGAAGAUUCGUGGCUUAUAUGUAGUUUGUGCUUACACUGUUGCAUAUGGCGGGUAAGUCGAACAGAUUUAGUAAGAAUCAGAUCUUUGAUAAUUUAGAACAUGGUAACAAUCAAUGUUUAAGUGAAGUAAAAUGCUUUUCUAUGUAGAGACAGCCUGGUCACCUUACCCACCAAGUGUAACAGUGGUACUCUCGUAACAGUGCAGUAUAAACAAGUGGACCUAACAAUAUCAUGUACUCGCUCUCGCAUACAUUGGAAUCGCAUAUGAACACAGCUUUCGUAAUACUCUCGGUUUGCUUUGGCUUACACAAUAUUGUCUAGCGUUACAACUAAUGCUAUUGUUUUACGUCAAAUUACAUAAAACUGAUUUACUAUAAUUAUGAAUUUCCUUAUGAAAAAAUGUACCAGACACAUUAAAAAGAAAUAAAUACGUCAAGAGGACGCACCCACAAUAGCAUUCGUUUUACAAUCAAACAAAAUAAUUCUAGACAGUUUUCUUGUUGUCCGCGCGACACUUGAUUAUGAAAAAAGGAAUGUUUUAAAAUACGAAUGUGUAUGCAAUAUAAUUGUAUUUGUAAAAUGAACUUUAUUUUUAUAACAAUAAGAAUGAAAUGAGAAUCUGAAGAAAGUAGUAUAUGGUGUAUAUUGGAUUGAGGUGAAGUUGAAGUGUUGCGCGAACAAACAGUUGUCGAAACAAUUAGACGGAACGUUCGUAUCGGUCGUGACUUCGUGUCGCGCUUACAACUAACUUAAACUAGCUUGUACUGUGCGUUCGUAUUAUUAACUAAGGAUUUACGUCAAACGUUACACUAAUAUUAUGCUAAACAUUAUUAUUUAUAAGAUGGCAUGAAGUUGUGCUGGCUGGCCUAGCCCGUGGUACUAGUACAAGUUGCUUAUAAUACUGCUUCCUAUGAGCGCCUUGCAGCAAUCAUAAUUUUACACAAAGGCACUAGUUUUUCAGAACAAUAACAGUAUGAAAAAGCAACGUUGAUAAGCUAACAUCACAUUUAUCACACAAGUCAUAAAGUCAGUAUUAGAAAACGUCGAGAGAUAAGUAACUUGCCUUGUGAAAAUACGAGUUCAGCUUUAGUUACAAUAAAUUAUAUAAAAAACAACAAAUUUAUAUUCACAAAGGUACCGUACAUAUGUGUCGGAAGGUAAGGAAUACUUAGUCUACAUAAUGAGGGCCAUUUUCGUUAAUGUAACUAAAAGGCUGGUACUAGUAAAAUAUAAUAUUUUAUCUCUAUCUAUUCGUAGUAAAGUAACCCUAAUAAUACGUCAAAUUUUCGUGUCAAAAAUACAUACAUCUAAAUAUUUAUUUACAAAAAGGGGUACUACGGUUAACAUGAGUCGGGCAAGAUUCGAUAAGGGGCAUCUUCUCCUCCGUCUAGCACUCACUCGAGGGAAACUAAUAGGCGGAGUAGCAACAACCGAAACAUGGAAUUAGGUCCUCCGAAUUGACUCCUCCAUUCUAACGUGGACGCGUGUACUUUAUACAGUCAUGCCCACGCCAGAAUGAACGGAAUCAUAAUACAUAACGUUAUAUCUAAACAAUAAAUUAAGUAACACAAAUAAACUAAUGAAUUUGGCACUAAUCUAAUACUUAACGCUAACCUGGCCAUGAAAUGCAUUGUACACAAUGAAAAAUUUAAAUGCUUUACAUAAUAUUCAAUCAAUACUCAAUGCUUUAUACGUCAUCGUUUAACAGUUACGCAGAAUUUGUCAUGAGAUUAAAAUAAUUAAAUUAAUUCUCAGAUCAUUAAAAAAUUGGUAGAAAUAUUGACUUCGAGGUUUGUAGCACGUUAGUGCAUAACUGCAUUUCUAGUAACAGUCAGUUAAUACAAUUUCAUCACUCACACUUGUGAAAAUUGAUAUAAAACCCAUAUAAUUGAGACUUAACAUGUCUGUAAAAGACAUUGUCUCCGUGGGAGGCGUGUGGCACUGCGGUGCUGUGUACGGCGUGACAUGUACGUGCGAGGGGGGGAGCGGGCGUGACGUCACGGCCGGCGUCAAGGCACGUCACGCGAGGCUUCCAUGGCGUGGUUGAGGCAACGACUCACUAGCUCCAACUUGUUCAGGUACGCGGCCGCUACCUCGCCGCGCGGGGAACUGUCGAGCGGUAUCGAAAUAAGUAAGCUGAUCUUUGAUAAUUUUUUGUUUCCUAAAUUAAAUAGCUUACCUGAGUAUGAAUGGAUCGUUUUGUGGUGAGUUUGCAGUGUACGGCGAUCUUCUGACGAAGUCUCCCACUGAGAAAUAGAUUUAGUCAAUACAUUAGUCUCUUAGUCGGCCAAGAGUAACUGAGAUUAGAUUAAUAUACUGUAAAAAUACGAGUAAAGUGUAAGAUGCUUUAUAUGGUGUGUAUCUUACGUCCAGGCGAGGCGGGCAGGUUGAGGCGCAUCUCAUGUUUGAGCACUCUCCGCGCCAGCGUGUCGGAGGGCGCGCGCGGCCCCCCCGCGGGGACGUGCGUGCGGCCCUCCGGGGGCGUGUUGCCGCCGUACUCACUGCUACUACAAAUUCAAAUUAAUUACAUUAAAUAA